AUGAAAGUGGGCCGUGUGGCCAUCAUCACCCGUGGCCGUUACGCCGGUAAGAAGGUCGUCAUUGUCCAGCCUAACGACACUGGCUCCAAGGCGCACCCCUUCCCCUACGCCAUCGUCGCCGGUAUCGAGCGCUACCCCCUCAAGGUCACCCGCCGCAUGGGCAAGAAGAUGGUCGAGAAGCGCAGCCGCAUCAAGCCUUUCAUCAAGGUCGUCAACUACAACCACUUGAUGCCCACCCGUUACACUCUUGAGCUUGAGGGUCUCAAGGGUGCCGUCAGCCAGGAGACCUUCAAGGAAGUCUCCACACGCGAGGACGCCAAGAAAACCGUCAAGAAAGCCCUCGAGGACAGAUACACCAGCGGCAAGAACAGAUGGUUCUUCACUCCUCUGCGUACGUGCAAUCCUUGCUUAUUGUUACUUUGCAGUGAGAUAGUUGUGUGCUGA